GGGAAGUGAACUUUCGCUUUUCGCUACAACUGCAACUUUCUCUACAAUAACACCAUUGAAAGCAGCUUGUUUUCUAGUGAUUGUUAAGAAAUAAAACAACUAUUGAUCCUCAUUUCUCCCGUUCAGAUGGCUUCGACAACUCACAGAGAAAUACCAGAAAUUUUGAAAUAUGUUGCAUGGCCCCCUGUCAUCAAACAUGUUGUUCCACUGGGCUAUCUGUACGAUGAGAGCGGAAAUUCGUAUCCUAGAAUGGGAGGAAGAUCGAGUGCAUUGCCAAACGGACAUGUGCUAUUCCAAUUUAACAACACAUUCUGCCACAAUGCAGCCGGUCAAUUUUUGGGAAAAACCGAUUCUACACUUUCCUUUCUCACCAAUCCCUCAAACCCGGUCAUGUCGAGAUACCUGGCGCCACCAGGAUCAGUAAAUGUUGAAAUUACCGAGAGACAAAUCCCAAGCUUGUUCAAGCGCUUCGAGGAUGAACUUGACAAGAAAAACGACAAUAAGGUGUUUUGGGCUACCGGUGGAAUUGCAUGGUAUCUUAUUACCGGUGCUGCAGCAUAUGGAUGGACGUUCUUUGAGUAUCGAGGUAUCAGAAAAGAUGGCUCGACCUUUCUUGUAGCAGUCGGUAUAGCCUCUGUGGAGGUUAAUUAUCGUACCAACCCAACAACUAUUGUAGCUAAGCGUGAGACGGCGGGCUGGAGCAAACGCAUCUUAUUUUAUCCCAGUGAGCCUCGACUUGGAACAUUUUCUGUUCUCUCGGAUGGAAAAUAUUUAUACGCCUACGGACACAAAGGUGGGGAUCACAAUGGAGAUUAUGACGUGGUACUAGGUCGGGUGCCUUUGGAGUUGGCAAAUGCAAGAGCAUGUUGGGAGUACUGGGGAGGUGCAAGAGGCUGGGUCAAAAAUCACUUCUUCUCCUGGCCAGUUCUCAAGAAUUAUCAACAUGGUCAAAUAUUCGACACAAAAUUGUUCGGAGAGGCUUCACCAUACAGAUUUGGCUUUGUUGGUUGCACUCGUACAGGGGAUAGCAAGUUAAUGUUCGGAAGAGCUCUUGAUCCUUGGGGCCCAUUCGAAAUUGUCGAACUGAUGAAAGCAUACCCUUUGGGCCACAUACAAAAAUUUGCAUACACUGCCCAUAUGUUUGCUCAUCCAUGGGCAUUUCCAGAGAGCAAGGGGGAUCUAAUGGUCACUUGGAGUGAAGGAGGGUCGGCAGGAAAUAUAGUCGCAGUAAAGAUCCGCUUUGAACAGGGCAUCGGUCGCUCACAACCGAAAGAGCUGAGAGUUGUCCAACGCAUCGAGGAAGAACCAGACAAUAACAACAUCGCAUUAUCAGAGCUGCAACUCCACGAUGAGUUGUAUAGCUUUGAACGGUACGAGAAGGACGGCGAGCAAAAAGCUGUGAUUGCCACACCUGAGAAGAAGAAUGUAUUUGAGAAGGCUGCUGCGGUAUUUGGUAAACUAUGUGAUAAGAGUGCUAACUCGGAGCAGUGGCACACGAGACGAGAAUAAUGAAAGGAGAUUAGUUGAACAGUUUUGACACAGUAUUUGCAAUCUCAGCAUACGAGGAGAGUUUUUGAAAUUACUGCGAGAUAUGCUACAGUACUUUGAUGGGACUGCCCAGCAGAGACUUGAACAUAUCUACUAUCUUCAUUAUUAUCAAAGGUCCAUCCAAUGCACUGUGUGAUCCAAGUGUAGUAACUUCUGUAUGUAGUAAAAGAAGUUCAAUAUGAUCGAGUAGACUGGCAGCAUGAAGAGUGUCAAGCUUUGAAGAGAUUCGGAAUACGAUAUUAUAAAACUAUAUAUGAGAUACUUACACGGGGCUCUCCUUAAACCUGUCUGUAUCUUGGUGAACAAUAAAUCAUAUUGUCUUCUAUCAGAACGAACCAAGUGAAGCUUCUAUAUAAUUUAACGAACA